GUCUACGAGAGAGCCCGAGCUUAUUGUUAGCUGGAGUCAGGUAGCCACGGGCGCGCGGUUUGUUGUGGGGCGUCACCUCUGCUCGGCCCCGAAGGUGACGUCUCACAACAAAGCGCUACGGUGCUGGCAACUCAACUGUAAUUUCAAGUCAAAAAAAGAGCAUGUCAUUUCUCGAUUUUAUACUUAGGACAAUGAUUCACGAAUUGAGAAACGAAGAAACCCGAAAAACAAACUGUCAAAUAUCAAAUCUUCAAAAACUCGAAACUUGGAAUUAUAUGAUUGAAAAAUAUUGAUUGAUUGAAAAAUGGUAUGAUAAUAUUUAUGAUUACGAUUAUGCGCUAUGAAUGAGUAUAAUUUGCGUAUAUGCUAUCUGGAUUUUUUAUGUCAGCAGACAACCAUGUCAAUUAUUUGUCCGAGCAGAACAUCUGUGCGACAAAAAUUGAAUCGUCAAAAUAACGAAGUUCCCUUGUUAUUACUGCGUCGAACUUUAUGUUGUAAUAUUGUUAUUAUAAUCUGAAUAUUAAAAAACUCCCCCCUUGCAUUUGUUUUUGGUACAAGAUUUUUUUAUUUAAAUAGAGGGACAUGCAUACUUGGAAUCCGAUAACUACUUACACAUAUGUCUUUGAUCAUCGAACUGUAGGGCAUGCACCCGCAUGGACGAACGCGACGGGCAAAAAUUCUACACUGACAAUGAGUAUUAUUAUGCCAAAAACAACCUUGAUCUACAUUACCGAAUACUAAAGAGACCAAUGCAAUAUUUGUCACUACUCGAAUCGAACAAAAAUUCCCUCGUUCUUUUGUCAACUUGUGUCACGUAUACUACAAAAGCACAUGCCAUUUUUACAGUAGAUAAAAUGCGAAUAUUUAAUCUCGUUCGGAACGUUGAGGUGACAAAUAGCUGUAGUCAAAAUGAUGAUUGUUCAAGAUGUCACCUCGAGACGAUUAUCAAAUAACUGUUUAAUGGUUAUUUGAUGGAUGUCGAGGUCAGGUCAAGGUCGAGACUAUACCUAGGAGGUGGAAAUCAGUUAAUCUUAUAACUUGUCGGGAAAUUGAAAACUGCACAUUUUCAAUUAAUAUUGUACCGUGGACAGAGCGUUGCAUCGAUGAAUUAAACAUUGCACACACGAUUCGCGUUGAAUCUUCUUAUAAAAAGGUGACCGAAAAUUGGUUGAGGUUUCCGACUGGAGACUUAUCCGGCAAAAUUUUGAAAUGGACGUCAACUGCGCUUUUUCCGCUCUAAACGCUGCCUUAUCCAGUGGACCAGGAUUGGGAUUCCUCGUUUUCUUCAAAAUAUUAAUAGAUCUGCUUCGACCAGAUAUAACUGACCGUGAGAACAGAGUGAAAAAUAUUCCCAAGGAAUCUUUCUACGAUACCUACGACUUUAUUGUAAUCGGUGGUGGAUCUGCGGGAUGUGUAUUAGCCAAUAGAUUGACGGAGAAUAAAAACUGGUCGGUUUUGUUGCUGGAAGCCGGUGAAGACGAACCAGAAAUAGCUGACGUACCAUCUAUUCAUUCGUAUCUUCAAUUAACUCGGUACACUUGGCCAUUCAAAACUAAACCGUCUUCGUCGUACUGUAAAGCAAUGAAUAACAACCAAUGCGUCUGGAACAGAGGUAAAGUACUCGGAGGCUGUAGCUCGCACAAUGCUAUGCUAUAUGUACGCGGUAAUCGGAGAGAUUUCGAUACCUGGAGGGACUUGGGAAAUCCCGGAUGGGGCUACGACGAUAUUUUACCAUAUUUCAAAAAAUCCGAGAACAUGACGAUUCCCGAAUUCCGAAAAUCUCCAUAUCAUGGGACGGGUGGUUACCUUUCAAUCGAGCGUUACAAGUACACGAAUCCCUUGACGGAUUACGUGUUAGGAGCUGCACGUGAGAUGGGAUACGAUAUGACAGAUGUGAACGGAGAGUCGCAGGCCGGAUUCAUGUAUUCGCACGGUACCCUCAAAGACGGAUUGAGAUGCAGCUCGGCCAAAGCUUUCAUACGUCCAAUAACGCACAGAAAAAAUCUUCACGUUAGCUUAAAUUCCAUGGUACACAAGAUCCUCGUGGAUAAGGAUACGAUGAGAGCCUACGGUGUACGGUUUCGUCGUGGUGAUCAAUUUUACAAUGUUUAUGCCAGAAAUGAGGUAAUCUUGUCAGCGGGUGCAGUGAAGUCACCUCAGCUUCUCAUGCUUUCGGGAAUCGGACCAAAAAAGCACCUCGAGGAGGUUGGAAUACCACUCGUUAAGGAUGUUCCUGGCGUUGGUAAAAAUCUUCAGGAUCACGCAUCCAUGGGUGGUAUAGUGUAUUUGUACGAUGCCCCGAUUUCUCUGAGAUCGAAUGCCACACUUUUUUCGAAUAUAAAAAAAUUCUUGACCGAUGAAAGUGGCCCGAUGUACGGAACAUCUCCACUCCAAAUGACGGGAUUUGUCAAUUCUAUCUAUGCAGACCCCUCUGGAGAUUAUCCGGAUAUUCAGUUCAGUUUUAACGGCGGAGACAGCGCGGGUGGUGGUUUUCUUUCCAAAAAUAUCAAAGGGGUGAAGGACGAAAUCUUUGCGCCUUUAUUCGAUAAGAUCAUCGGAUACCCUUAUACUUACGGCAUAAAUCCUAAACCCGCACGCCCGAAGAGUAGAGGAUACAUAAAGUUGAGAAAUGCUGAUCCCGAAAGCAUGCCGAUUAUAGAUCCAAAAUACUUUUCGCACCCAUAUGACAUGAAAAUUCUGGUGGAAGGUGCAAAAAUAGCCUACUCAUUCAGCCAAACUCCAACCAUGAAAAAGUUAAACGCACGCCCCAAUCCCAGUCUCAUUCCUCAGUGCGCCCAAUUCACUUUCCCUUCUGACGACUACUUUCGUUGUCAUGCUCGAUAUUACACGAAUUCGGAUUACCACCACAGUUGCAGUUGCAAAAUGGGAAGUGCCGACGAUCCUAUGGCUGUAGUAGACCCACGUCUCAAAGUUUACGGAGUCCAGGGGCUUCGAGUCGUCGACUGCUCGAUAAUGCCGGUAAUCACAUCGGGCAAUACCAAUGCACCGACCAUUAUGAUUGCUGAAAAGGCUGCCGACAUGAUCAAGGAAGACUAUGCCGUCAAAUGUAACUAACUUGCAUUAGGAAAAGCGCGUAUUUCAUAAAUAUCAUCUAUUCAUUGAUUAUGUUUGUCACUAAUCAUUCAUCUCAAAGUCUUCGACAUCCCAGAUUAGGAUCAAUCAAAGAUUACUUUGAUUGAAUUGAUCAACACUUCGACUACCGCGUCACUGAUAUUCGGGUUACUGCAAAAAUGUUGAUCAGUUGUCACUGGAGUUGAAAUGACGAAAUGUCCAAAUGUUGAAGAAAUAAACGCAUAUUUUGUUUAACCAUU